GCGCGGGGCGGAGCCGGGCCGGCGCGGUAAAUAGGAGCGGGGGCGGCCCGGGACGCUGCGGCGGCUGCUUCGGCACCGGCACUGACUCGGGGCGUCCUUGCCGGCUGCAGGCCCAGGCUCUUGGCGGCGGAGCUCGGUGAAUUUAGGAUCCAGCUUCCAAAAUGUGGCAGCUCUUGGCCACCCUCAGUUGCCUGGUGGUGCUGACCAGUGCGCGGAGCAGGCUCAAUUUGCAGCCCCUGUCAGAUGAGCUGGUCAACUACGUGAAUAAACGGAACACUACAUGGAAGGCUGGACACAACUUCUACAACGUGGACCCAAGCUACGUGAAGAAGCUGUGUGGCACCAAACUGGGUGGGCCCAAGCUGCCCCAGAGAGUUCAGCUUGCUGGGGACAUAGCUCUGCCUGAAAACUUCGAUGCCCGAGAGCAGUGGCCACAAUGCCCAACCAUCAAGGAGAUCAGAGACCAGGGUUCCUGUGGCUCCUGCUGGGCGUUUGGGGCUGUGGAAGCCAUCUCUGACCGGAUCUGCAUCCUCAGCAAUGGGCGUCAAAGCGUGGAGGUGUCUGCCGAAGACCUGCUCACCUGCUGUGGCUUCCAGUGUGGAGAAGGCUGCAAUGGGGGCUUUCCCUCCGGUGCUUGGAACUUCUGGAAAAAACAGGGCCUGGUGUCCGGUGGCCUCUAUGACUCCCAUAUAGGUUGCAGACCCUACUCCAUCCCUCCCUGUGAGCACCACGUGAAUGGCUCUCGGCCCCCAUGCACGGGGGAGGGGGGAGACACCCCCAAGUGCAGCAAGAUCUGCGAGCCGGGCUACAGCCCAUCCUACAAAGAAGACAAACACUUUGGAUGCGACGCCUACAGCGUCCCCAGUGAUGAGAAGGAGAUCAUGGCAGAGAUCUACAAAAACGGCCCAGUGGAGGCAGCCUUCUCGGUGUAUUCAGACUUCCUGCUGUACAAGUCUGGAGUAUACCAGCAUGUCACUGGAGAAAUGGUGGGAGGCCACGCAGUUCGCAUCCUGGGCUGGGGAGUGGAGAACAACACCCCCUACUGGCUGGUUGGCAAUUCCUGGAACACCGACUGGGGUGACAAUGGCUUCUUUAAAAUCCUGCGAGGACAGGAUCACUGUGGAAUCGAAUCAGAAAUCGUGGCUGGAAUCCCAUGCACGAAGCAGUACUCGGAAAGGAUCUAACCUGCUGUGGGCCCUUGCAGCCAGUCCUGGGUGGUUUUUCCCUAAACAUAGCCAGUAGGACUGGGGAUGAGAAGAGGGAUAGGAAUGCCUUUUAUUCUUUGAGGUCAAGUAGGAUACAAGAGGUUUUAGACAGGACGUGAAGGACUGGACUGGGCCAAACCUUGUGUCUACCACGAGAGCUCUUCCAAGGAGACACAUCCAAGGCCGGGCUACCUCCCAGCCAUUCAGUGGACUGUUGUCACAAUGCACUUAGACCACAUAAGCCACCGCUGCAAGCCAAGCCGAUCCUUCCCCCGUAGACUAAUGCUGUUCUGGCUCUCCCUGCAACCACCUCCACAUCCAUCCUCCUUCCCCGUCUGUGCAUCACCAGGGAGCACGACAGGCCUGAAGGGUUUGUAGAUUUUCCCAAAGGAUGAAAUUGAUUUCCUAACAAGGCAGCUUUCCACCCAUCAGCAGUACCUCCACGCCAGUAGCUUUCUAGAUUUGGAAAUAAGUCGAGAAGAGAAAUAGUGGGGCAGCCCUUUGAAAAAAGCCACUCUCCCAGGGCCCCUGCAUCUGUUGAGCUUUGCAGUGCUGCUAACCUGCUCUGAUCUUGUCCUUGGCAUGAUUCUUUUUUUAAAUAGAAGUUUUAUUUUUUUGUGUGCCUCAACCAAUCAUGAGAAUGGAAGUCAAACAGUUUGAAGAGCUGUGCUAGUUUUACAGACUGUCUCCUUAAAACAAAAAUGGGUGGUCUCGAUCUGACUGACCUACUGACCUCUGAUGCUACAGUGAAAUAGUUUGGGAGAAACCAACUUUUGUUGUUACAAAUCACUGCUUCGCCUGUUCAAUCACAAGGAAUGGAAUGACUGUGCCAAUAAAAAUUUCCUUCAAUGUGAA